AUGAAAAAAUCAACUACAAUUGAUACAUUUUUCAAAAGAAAGAAUGUUGAAGUUUCAACAUCUGAUGUCUCAUCAAAUCCAUCAGUAUCAGUGGAUGUAGAUCAUGAAAAUUCAAAAAAUCGGCCAAUAAAGUCUUUAAGACUUGACAUUAAAGAAGGGUUUGAUAUUAAUUCAUUAGAGCGUGAUCCAGGAAUACGUCCGCCAAUAUGGGAGUAUCCACCAGAGAAGCGUGAUGAAGUUCGCAGAGCUUACAUUAAAGCUGGUCCAUUUCAGAUUAUACUAUCUAGCUAUCAAAAAUCAGAAGAAGCUCAUUCACAUGCACAUCCUAGAUUGAAUGCAUUUACUGUUAAUGGAUUUCGAUCAUGGAAAAAAGUAGCAGAAGUUUUGGAUAAAGCUCCACGAAAUGCAACAUAUACAUCACCAACAACGCAAAAACAAGUUUUGCAUGUCUUGGGAAAUAAAGUGAGAAACGCGAUUCGUGAAGAAAUUGGUGAUGCAAAAUUUUCAGUAAUAGUUGAUGAAGCACGAGAUGAAUCUAAGAAAGAGCAAAUGUCAAUUGUUUUGAGAUUUGUUAAUAAAGAUGGGUAUGUGCAAGAACGUUUUUUCGGGCUUAUUCAUGUCAAAGACACUGCUGCUUUAACAUUAAAAGAAGGUAUUUUCUCUAUACUCUCUAAUUAUAGUCUUGAUGUUCAAUCUAUUCGUGGGCAAGGUUAUGAUGGCGCAAGUAACAUGCGUGGACAAUGGAAUGGUUUGCAAGCUUUAAUUUUAAGUGAAUGUCCUUAUGCUUACUAUGUUCAUUGUUUUGCACAUCGUUUGCAAUUGGCAUUAGUUGCUGCAUCUAGAGAAGUUAUUCUUGUCCAUCAAUUUUUUACAAAGUUGAACUCCAUUGUUAAUAUUGUUGGUGCUUCAUGUAAGCGCAAUGACCAACUAAAAGCUGCUCAAGCUGCAAAUAUUGCUCAUUUACUUGAGAUUGAUGAACUAGAAAGUGGGAAAGGACUUAAUCAAAUUGGUUCUUUACAAAGGGCAGGUGAUACUCGUUGGAGUUCUCAUUUAAAAUCUAUUUCUAGUUUAAUAAAGAUGUUUAGUGCAACAUGUGAAGUUUUAUUGAAUAUUAUUGAAGAUGGCACUACUUUUGCUCAACGAGGAGAUGCGGAUGCAGCUUAUGAGUCAUUAACUUCUUUUGAAUUUGUUUUCAUUUUACAUCUUAUGAAAAUAAUUCUACAGAUUUUAAAUAUACUCUGUCAAGCUUUGCAACUUCAGUCUCAAGAUAUUUUAAAUGCAAUGCAUCUUGUUUCAUCCACUAAGACUCUCAUUCAAAAAUUGAGAGAAGAUGGAUGGGAGGAAUUAGUUGAUGAGGUGAAAUCUUUUUGUGAACCUGUUCAUAUACCUGUGCCAGAUUUUAAUGCUCACUAUACUACAAAAAGAGGAAGAAGUCGUGGUCAACAAGAUGCAAUUACAGUGGAGCAUUAUUACAGAGUUGAUCUUUUCAAUGCAGUGAUAGACUUUCAACUACAAGAAUUAAAUACCAAAUUCAAUGAUAACAGAGUGGAGUUACUCAUUCUUAGUUCAGCUUUAGAUCAAAGAGAGAUGCACACAUCAUUAAGAAUUAAUGAUAUUUGCAAGUUGGUACAAAAAUUUUACCCAAAAGAUUUUAUAGAAUACGAGAUGGUACAACUAACGACACAAUUUGAACAUUUUGCUCAUGUACGAGAACUUCCUGAUUUUACAGUUUUGGCAACCAUUUCUGAUUUAUGUCAGUGGUUGGUAAAAACUAGAAAAGCAGAGAUUUUUCCAAUUGUGUAUAAAGUUAUAACUCUUAUUCUUACACUUCCAGUUUCUACAGCUACCACAGAACGAUCCUUUUCAGCUAUGAAUAUAGUGAAGACUACACUUCGCAACAAGAUGGAAGAUGAAUUUUUAAGUGAUUGUUUGCUCGUUUAUAUUGAAAGGGAAAUUGCCAAAAAAUUUAGUAUAGAUUCACUUAUCGAUGAUUUUCGUGAUAUGCAAGAAAGACGUUCUGUAUUUUAA